AAAACCCCAAAGCUUUUAUGUAAUAAUAAGCAUGUGUCUGCACGUGAACUGCUCCUUUAAGAAGCCUUGGGCUAGUGGAAGAAGGGGGAUCCAGAGAAAAGACAGCCCUACAGCUGUAUAACAGAGGGCAGAGGUUAACUUCGUUGGUAUUUUUAUCGCAAGUAUGGUCACUGCAUACCCUCUCCCUGAAGGCUUCACUGAAUUAGAAGUGUUUGCCAUCGGCACCGCCCUGCUGGUAGAAGCCCUGCUUGGUUUCUGUCUGAAUGGCUUGACAAUUAUUUCCUUCCGAAAAAUCAAAGAACUCCGAACACCCAGCAAUCUGCUGGUUCUCAGCAUUGCACUCGCUGACUGUGGGAUCUGCAUCAAUGCAUUCAUCGCUGCUUUCUCCAGUUUCCUAAGAUACUGGCCCUACGGCUCUGAAGGCUGUCAAAUUCAUGGAUUCCAAGGCUUCUUGACAGCACUAGCCAGCAUCAGCUCCAGUGCUGCAGUCGCCUGGGACCGGUACCAUCACUACUGUACAAGGAGCAAGAUGCAGUGGAGCACAGCCAUCUCCAUGAUGAUGUUUGCGUGGUUGUUUGCUGCCUUUUGGUCCGUGAUGCCCUUGCUGGGGUGGGGAGAAUAUGACUACGAGCCUCUCCGAACCUGCUGCACACUGGACUACAGCAAAGGGGACAGGAACUAUAUCACAUUCCUUUUUGCUCUGUCCAUUUUCAAUUUCAUAAUCCCGGGCUUCAUCAUGCUGACAUCUUAUCAGUCCAUACACCAGAAGUUCAAGAAAACUGGGCAGUAUAAGUUUAAUACUGGUUUGCCGUUGAAGACACUGGUCAUUUGCUGGGGUCCCUACUGUCUUUUAUGCUUCUAUGCAGCAGUUGAAAAUGUGAUGUUCAUUUCACCAAAAUACCGCAUGAUUCCUGCCGUUAUUGCCAAGACUGUGCCAACAGUGGAUGCCUUUAUAUAUGCCCUGGGGAAUGAGAACUACAGAGGUGGAAUAUGGCAGUUCCUCACAGGGCAGAAGAUUGAGAAAGAAGUUGAUAACAAAACUAAAUAAGCCAUUAUGGUAUUAAGCCAAAUUAAUGCAUGUACAUCACUGAAAGCAAAACAGUAGAGGAAACUGCAUUCUGAAGUGUACGUGUAAAGGUGGUUCCACAUUGGAAAGGCUGUGCCUUGGCUACAAGCAAUGAAGUACCGAAAGAAAGCCCUCCAGAUAACCACCCAAACCAUCUCGAGCUGCUUGUCAAACAAGCUGCCUUAAACCUGUGUUGAUUGUCAUCAGUCUCAUUUUAUAUGGCACUGCAAAUAAACUAUGUGCUGGAAAGCAUUUUUUUUUUUCCUGAUACACUAACAUAAAAGCUCAGUAAAUUAACUGAAGUAGGGCAUUAGUUUGACUGAGGCCUCCUCAAAUCAGUUUGUGCAGUCUGUCCAUAUGGUAACGUCUGGAUUACUAAAAGAUUAAAGUAGUACCCAGUAUUACACCACAUGUCUGUAUAAAUAGCUUGUUCAUCUGAACAAUGCAUUCUCAAUGCACCCAAAAUGGGAAUUCCCAGGUUUCUACAAUGAAUCUGCCAUCUUGAUUCUAUAAAAAUCAUUUCAGUGGGCAUUUAACCCCAGUAAGGAAUAUUAGGCUUGGCUCUUAUUCAAAUAAAUUGUGACAUUCAGCCUCGUCAGACACUGAACUGCAUCAGAUUUUGCAGCAACUGCUGGCCAGGACAAUCAACAAGCUCAUGGUCAAUCAUAAAUGCAUCCACCCUUUUAUCAAACACUGAGCAAAAACUAAAGGGAGGUACUGGUCAGAUUCUGUUCUAAAAAUGUCAUAAGAAUAAAAAUUAAGUUCACAUCUGCCAUUAGAUUCCCUUAUGCUCUAUAUGAGUGAGAACAAUCAUAGACUUAGCUGUGUCUGAAGAGUUGGAGCAAUUAAAAGCCACUUAUUUUACAAUUAUCAGAAUUCAUAUCUACUUUAAACUAUCAAAAAUAUCCAAUUUAAAUGUUUAUAUUUGCUCACAUUGCCUAGAGGAUGAAAACCUGUCAGUCAGUGUUUCCUGUUACUACAGGACAAGUCUCAGAAUGACAAAUUUGAAAAAAAAUGUACAUAACAACAUGAAAGACACUGUACGGAAAAGCCAAACCUAAAUGAUUCUUACAGGGAUCAUAUGGCUCAUUUCCAAGCAUUGACAGUGAAAGACCUUUUUAAGCUAACCAGAGAAAAAGCUUAUCUGUCCCUACAAUGCCUUCCAACAUAUUAGAAGGGGGAAAAAAAAGAUUGUGUACAGGUUACAAAAGGGUAAGGAAAAGGGGUUGUGUAGGGGCUACAAAAGGUAGAUGGUGCAAUCCUGGAAGCUAAACAAUCAGAAAGGAUGUUCCCCUCAAAACUAGCGAUAGGAAAUAAAUGUCAUUUUGUCAAGUUAAAAAAUUAUUCAGAAUAAUCACACCUAAAGCUGACAGCUAAGACAUACACCUUAGGUACACAUAAUAUUAAGUGAGCAGAUGACAAAAUGUUUGCAAUAAGUGCAAAAUGAUGUGUA